AUGAAUCUUGGAAUAACAAUAAUAAUAAUACACUCCAUUUCUGCAAUUGCUUUGAUCGCUUCUCUGGCGCUGUGCGCCGCUGAUGUCUCUCAUUUGCCCCUCUCCCGGAGCUACUUGCCUCCGCUCARUGGUGCCGGCGGCUACUCGGCGUACUCCUCGUAUCCCUCGUACACGGGCAACUCCUACUCCAGCGGUGCCUACUACCCGAGCUCCCGCCUCGGCUCGGGGUACAACUCCGGCUACAACUCCGGUYUAGGCUCUGGCUAUGCUGCUCCGCUGGUCACCUCUGGCUACAACAGCUWUGCRGCUGUGCCGCAGUAUAACACCUAUGCCACGCCCACGCGCACCUACCUGCCAGCCCUGACAGGUUACUCGGGUGCUGGCUACUCCGGCUCUGGCUUAGCAGGCUCCGGCUACAGCGGCCUGGACACUAAAUAUGCCUCCAAUGGUGGCUAUAUCUAUUAGGAGACGAUCUCAAGCUUUGCUUGGAACAUCUUCAAAUAUCUCAAAUGUCUCUCUACAUCUACAGUGUAUAUAUUAUAUAAGUUUUUUUUUUUUUUUCAA